AUGGGUAAGGCCAAGAAGCUGCGUUCCAUGAGUCACAAGAAGCGCCGACCACCUACAGGUGGUCCGACUAUCGCAGAAAUCGAAGAUCUAAAGGCCAUGGACUUAAGCACUAUGUCCGCGGAUGAGGCGCAACUAUUUAAAGGUCUCAUUGACCCGCAAGGUGCCGUGCGCGAGGCAACGUGCGUGGCCAUUGCCACAAUGUUUGGCGAUACGGAAAACGAAGAAACUGAAGCCAAAAGCCGCCAAAAGUUGCGAUGCAUGGUGGAUGCCGGUUUGCUUAAGAAUCUUAUUCCGCGCGUCGUGGACCCGCUGCCCAUGGUUUGUCAGCACGCACUCGGCGCACUGCGAAAUAUGAGUGUAACGGGUGGACUAGAGCUAUGCGAGUUCAUGACUACUCAAAAUGUAAUCACUCCAUUGGUCAAAAUCAUCUCGACAAAUGCCACAGACGUUGUACUCAACAGCAGCAAUGAUCCACGAGCCGUGCAGCUGUUGGAACAGGCUGUGGCGCUACUUAGCAAUCUAUGCGAAAGUUGCCAGGCUGCAAUUAACGAGUUGACCCACGGCAACUUGAUCUCACCUAUUUUCAAAAUUGCAGCGCAGGCUUGCAACCACACAGCACUGCAUUUGGAGACGCUUAAGCUAUUGAUGUUGAUCACAGAUGGCAACGCGCAGCUAAAUGAAGUCAUUGGAUCUAAUUCUGCCUACCAGCAAACGAUUAGUGCGCUUAUUCAAGCCCCGAUUGACCACAUUUCACUGCACGUACGACUAGAGGCGGUGGGUAUCGCCUUGAACGUGCAAACAAUCAUGCAAGUAGAGGACAAUAUUGCACUUAUUAUUCCUGUCCUGGAGGCAGCGCUUGCAUAUGAUGCAAUAGAUGUCGUGCAGAUGGCGCAGCAGGCAUCAGAAAAUUUUAUUCUCUCGCAAAAAUCUCUAUUGGAGGACGAAGAUGUGGAUGACGACAUGCUGACAAGUGAGAAAGAGCACAUGAUUACGUCUGCGCAGAUAAAAGUUCGCGUGUGGAGGGAUUGUGUCCAAACACUGACACUGGCAUUAGAAUUGGUUGCUCAUUUGGCUGCGUCUGGAGAUGUCGACGAAGAUGAAGAGGAAUGGGCUAGCGAUGAUGAGGAUGCUAUGGAAGCAUAUGCGGCGUCUCAGAUGAACGAUGACGAAACCAUUAGGGAUGGCGUCAGCUCAGUCUCCAAAUUACUGGAAACUAGCCGCGUAUUUCCGCUCUGCGUGACAAUAUUGCAAGGACUCGUGUCGAUUCCACAGCUAUCAACGAAGACUAUUGCUAAAGAUUUCGAAAGGAUGCGUAUCCGUGUCUGCAAUGCUGUGAACAACCUCCUGCUUAGCAUAUCGUGGGAAGUACUUGGUGAAAAAGUGAUGAACCAGAUUUUUCGCAAUUUGUGUGCUCUUUACAGAAAUAAUAACCAGAAGACUGAAGCUGUUCCAAAUACCUUUACCGACUUUGGACUUGAGAGUAGUGCGACAAACGAUCUUGAGGUCGCCGUGACGGCAGCAAUGUUGUCAGCGCUGCGCUGUAGUAUCUCCAAAAAUUGCUGGCUGGAGAUCGCUACUGACGAUGCGCAGCUGAUUCUGAACUGCGCGGCUCAUGGACGCUCUGAUGAGUCUCGGCUGAAUGCGAUGGGUAUGAUUGGUUGUGUGGGCAAGCGCUGCUCUACUUUGUCUGAGAAAGAGGUGAUCAGUCGCGCUUUAAUAUCACGACUGGAUGAUUCAAGCCUCGAAGUGGUGGCUGGGACUCUUAAUGCCAUCUUUGACGUUUACGACGACGAAAAGUUUGACGACACGUUCCGGACGUUUGAUUUUCUAGGCGCAUUAAAGCGCACAUCUUGUGCGUUAAAGGCGAAAUUAAAGGCCGAGCAGAAAGAAUUGGAUCGUGUUCUCGUAGCUCACGUGAAGGAAACCCGUCUUAAUCUGCUGCGUUUCAUUAAGUACAAAGAGAAACAUUUGUAA